AUGGCCCACAAAGUUGUGUCAGACCAUGAGAUGACGAAGUCACCGUCAGUCGUCAUCCGCCAAAGCCUGUUGAACAGCGAUUCGAACGGCGAUGAGGGACAAGAGCACAUAAACGAGGACGCACGCGACGUAGUGACGCCCUUGAAGCGCGAUCACGCAAAGCUUCGCGAUUUGCUGCGAUCAUUUCACGUGCAGUUCAUCGAAACUAUACUUAAUAAAGUCACUGCCUCCUCUUGGAGGGCGGGCACAGAGAAGCGCAAAUAUGCUAUCCAUUGCAAUCGCAGAAUUGCUGCGAGCUACAGCUUGCUGCACCUUGUGCCUGUGGCUGGCGCUGUCACACUCCUUUGCCUUCAAUGUACAAACUAUUGGGUCAGUUCGUUACGAGAUGACGCUGCUACGUUGCAAUUUGCUGCGAAGUUCCAUGAGUUAGCUAUGCAAUCCUCAAUUGUUGAGAUUCUGCUUUGCCUAAUCCGCAUGGAGCUGGUCAACACGUAA